AUGCCGCCCCUAAAUCUUCCGGACGCCCUUCAACUGUUACCAGGCAACAAGGAAGUCGGUUGGCCAGACUUUCGUGCACGUGUAUUAUGAUGCAUUUUUAACUUUGUCUCUCGACUCAUUUUUAACAUUUACGUUUUUGGAUCCGCGCGGGUCAAAGAUGGCGCUCCCAGUCAACUCCCUUCUGCUUGUACUUACGGGUGAGUGGGUUUUUAAAAUAAAAAACUAUUUUACUUUAAACUUGAUUUUCUCUAGAGGAUUGAAUAAUUUGUGUGAAAACGGAUAUUACUUAAUGUUUUUUUUUUAAAAAAGAAAUCUUAAAUUCUGGCUCAAACACGUUACGUGAGUUCUUCGCCUCUUGACUAAAUGCCAAGACAAUUUACGGUUUACGUUUAAGUAACAAUAGUGGAAAUAGUGGACCUUUCAAGAAUAUUGAUGCGGCCUUGUGACUUUCUCUUCAAUGUGUUCGGAUUUUUAAAACUUUAGCCAGCACAAGUUCGUGGUGCCUAACAUUUUAAUGGCGUGGGUGGAUUAAGUUUAAAACUAAAACCAUCGCUAAAAGUGGUUUAUUGGACCAUCGCUAAAAGUGGUUUAUUGGACCAUCGCUAAAAGUGGUUUAUUGGACCAUCGCUAAAAGUGGUUUAUUGGACCAUCGCUAAAAGUGGUUUAUUGGACCAUCGCUAAAAGUGGUUUAUUGGACCAUCGCUAAAAGUGGUUUAUUGGACCAUCGCUAAAAGUGGUUUAUUGGACCAUCGCUAAAAGUGGUUUAUUGGACCAUCGCUAAAAGUGGUUUAUUGGACCGUGGGUGCGCCAUAUCACAGUGAAUGAUUAUAUGAUAUUUACCAAAUCUUAAAAGGGAUUAUUAUUUGGUGAACUUAUCACAUGACAAAGUGAAUACUUAAUUUGGUAUAUAUGCCACAUAUAAAAGAUUCCAAAUAAUCACUCACUUUGAUAUGGUUUAUACGCCAAAUAAUCAUUGAAGAUGCCGCAUAUCAAAGUGAAUGAUUAUUAAGUGUAUGUGUAACAUAUCAAAGUGAAUGAUUAUUUGGUGGUUAUGCCACAUAUCAAAGUGAUUAAUUUUUUGGUGGUAUAUGCCACAUAUCAAAGUGAAUGAUUAUUUGGUGUUUUUGCUACCUAUCAAAGUGAAUGAUUAUUUGUUGUAUUUGCUACCUAUCAAAGUGAAUGAUUCAAAGUAAAUCAAUGUAAAGAGUUCCAACUAAAUCUAAAAUUGAGAUAUAAAACCAUUUUUUCCCCACUGACAUCGCACAUUUCCCCGUACGGGGGCUCAGAGUUUCAAUAUAAAAAAAAAACAAAAAGAAAAAAACACCAACUUAUUUUUUGUGUUACUAAUGCUAUAAUUGUUGUUGAAGUUUAUAGUUCAAUUAAUGUCCAAAAUAUUGUGACUUAACAAAUAACUGAUGCAUUUAGUUUUAAACAACUCAAUCUCUUAUUUUUGUUUGCUCCUCAAACAAAUUUCUUUUCAGUCAUGUUUGUCGUGAGCAGCUAUGGAGACAUGUACUACAAACAGCCGAGGUAAUGUAACGUUCCUUAAAAAAACAACAACACAUUUCUCGGUAAAAUAAAAUCAGCUCUGAAAAACUUCUGCACGCCCCAUCGCUAUCAAACCCAGACAAAACUGUGAUAACCUACAAUUGUCACCAAAAUCAGCGGUUCUCAACAAAUGUGUCGCGACCCCUUUUUUUUUUGGGGGGGGGGUCGAACAACUCUUUCACAGGGGUCGUCUAAGACCAUCCGAAAACCCACAAAGAAAAUCAUUUUGUGGUUUUGGGGUCGCCACAAACCAAAAUCAGCGGUUCUCAACAAAUGUAUCGCGACCCCUUUUUUUUUUGGGGGGGGGGGUCGAACAACUCUUUCACAGGGGUCGUCUAAGACCAUCCGAAAACACACAAAGAAAAUCAUUUUGUGGUUUUGGGGUCGCCACAACACGAGGAACUGUAUGAAAGGGUCGCGUCAUCAGGACGGUUGAGAAACACUUAUCUAAGUUCUAAGAUAAUUUAUUCAAAUAAAAGAAGAUACUCUUAAGUGAGCAGCUUAAUUUUUGUGAAGCUUCUUUUAAUGAAUAAAAAAUGUCUCAAAUUCCUCUGAUGUGUAGAUCUAUACACUUACCAUUUCUUCUAUAGCUUAAGGGCCCACGAUUAAUUUAUUGAUCAUUUGGGCUCCUAUUUAGCUUGGAGAUUUCUGCCACAGAUUUGAAAAUGGUUGCGAACUGAAUUUUUGUAUCAUUGUUAAACUGCUCCCAUUUUCAAAAUGGAAAAGAAAGCGGCAACUUCAAAUCACACCUUGGAACCACCAACACCCUUCUGAGUAUCGACCUAUCACAUCAGCUUCUAACCAUCACACCAUCAUACCAUCUUCUUACCAUUACUUCAUCCCAUCACCUUCUAACCCAAUCGCUAAAUUCCGUCAUCUUCUAAGCAUCACUUCAUCACAUCAUCUUCUAACCCAUCACACCAUCAUACCAUCUUCUUACCAUCACUUCAUCUCAUCAUCUUCUAACCCAUCACUAAAUCUCAUCACAUUCUAACCCAUCACUAAAUGCAAUCACCUUCUAACCCAUCACUAAAUGCAAUCACCUUCUAACCCAUCACUAAAUGCAAUCACCUUCUAACCAUCACUCCAUCCCACCACCCCCUAACCCAUCACUAAAUCACACCCCCUUCUAACCCAUCACCUCCAUCCCAUCACCUCCAUCCCAUCACCUCCUAACCAUCUCCCCGCCUCCUCUCCCCCCCAGCAUGAUGAUGAUGGGCAGACCAGGUAAAGUCAUCCACGUCCACCACUACGACGCCGGCAUGUCCAACAACCACAUGAGCAGCAGCUACAAGAAGCACGACUCCGGCGGCUCCUCCCUCAUCGAGCUCCUCAUCCUCUCGAGCCUCCUCGGGGGCACCGGCCUCACCGGGACCACCGGUACCCAGACCGCCGUGGUCAACGGGCAGCUGGUCCCGAUCCAGAACGGAUAGGCCUCUGUCACGUGACCGUGGGGGGCGUCUCGCUGUGACGCGAACAUUGGCGUCAGUGGAAAUCAAUUUUCUGAAUCAACAAGUAGUUCUAUGUUUGUCAGUGUUCCUGAGUUGAUCAGAUCCAACAAUGGCCGAUGAUUAAAAUAAAAAAAAAAAGCUAUAAAUUAAAAAAAAAAAAAGAAAAAAAAAAAAAAAAAAAAACAGCAGAUAAAAACAUUGACAAACUAUAAUAUUACAUUGCACAUUCAUUUAUUGGUUUGUUUCGUGACUUGGUUAAAUAAUUGUGAGCAUCUUUUUAAAUUUAUUAUCACAAAAAAAUAUGUUCAAUUUUCAGAUAUUUCUUUCACCCAAAUUUUAACGCACGGGAUUAAAUUUAUGACUAAAAAAAACAAAAACAAAACGUGUUUUGAAAAUAAAGAUCAGUUAUCAGGAAUGAAUCAUCAACUAUCGACCUUGUCAAAUUAUAACACACAAAAAAAAUAAUAAUUAGUAAAACAUCAAAAAUAGAAUCAAUUAAUGGAACUUUAAAAUUUCAUGAUUAAAUACACACAAC